AUGGCUCACAUCCACAUCAUCACCCCAGACACCCUGAACCCAGUCCAAUUCGCAUACCGCCCCAACAGAUCCACAGAUGACAUAGUCUCUAGUGCACCAAUCUAUAAUUAUGAUGUCCGUGGAGACGAGGAGCUGUCACUUCAGAUUGGAGACACAGUCCACAUACUAGAGACAUAUGAAGGCUGGUACAGAGGACACAGGCUGAGGAGGAAGUCCAACAAAGGGAUCUUUCCUGCCUGUUACAUACACCUCAAGGAGGCCACCGUCGAAGGCAAUGGGCACAAGGAGACGGUGAUUCCCAACGAGCUGCCUCUGGUCCAGGAGGUCACCACCACUCUGCGGGAGUGGGCUUCCAUAUGGAGAGACCUCUACGUGGUGAGUAGAGGGGACAGGCGUGAGAUGUUUAACUCUGUCAGGGACAUGAUCUAUGACCUGAUCGAGUGGCGAUCUCAGAUCCUGUCAGGGACGCUCCCACAAGACGAGUUGACUGAGCUUAAACAGAGAAUCACCUCUAAGAUCGACUACGGAAACAAGUAA